AUGAAAUUAAUGAAGGCAAUUAAACGGUUUAGUAGUGCCCCGCCUCUAAAGUUUAGUGUACAGUUUCAACAUGUUUUAAGUGAAUAUCAAGCGCGUCGUCAUAGUUACAGUGCCACUGUCGGUUGUAUUCAGAACUCUAAAAAGGACUUUCACCCUAUCGUUAUAAAUGUACGAAAUUUAGGGCUUGGCCCAACUUCUAAAGACUUUGAGGAAUCUCCUCAGUUAUCAAGCCCGCUAACAAAAGUACACGCAACCGAACUUGUUCUACAUCUUAAAGAUGAGGAAAGAAAAAUAUUACUAAAUGCAAUAAAAGAAUAUGAAUCAAACAUAAUAAAAGAAGAAUUUGAAGACAAAUUGGCUGGUCAGCGAUGGAGAAGUAAACUUGGCAGGCCCAGCAAAGUACCAACAUUAGGUGAUGUAGACCCAACUGGUACCUACUGUCCUGUACCAGAAGAUUGGCUUAAAAAAAAAUAUGCUGCUACAGUACCUAAACCAACAACAAAGGAACUGAUACAUUUGUCAUUGGCAAACUCAAUACCUUUUAUUGGAUUCGGAUUCUUAGAUAAUUUUAUUAUGAUAAUUGCAGGUGACCGCAUCGAGAGUGGCAUGAGUGCUUACAUCACAUUGUCGACAAUGGCAGCAGCGGCUCUAGGUAACACUUUCAGUGACGUCAUUGGCAUCGGCUCAUCUUACUACGUAGAGCGCGCGGCAGCUAUGCUGGGGCUCGGAGCUCCAGCCCUGUCACCCGUGCAACUAGAUAUGCCCGUCAGUAGGAGAUUUGCUAACAUGGGCCGUGUCUUAGGAAUUACACUGGGCUGCUUCCUCGGUAUGACCCCACUUCUUUUUAAAGAGGACGAGAAGAAGGAGACCGUUCAACAGUGA